AUGGCGCCAAUGUGGAAGCGACUCUUCGGCGGCAUGUUGGCCGUCGCGUCCAUCGCCUCGGGCGUGAGCGCGGCGUAUCCUAACCCGGGCCCAGUUUCGGGCAGCACCACCGUCCACGACCCCUCCGUCAUCAAGAGCUCGAGCGGCACCUACAUCAUGGCCCACACGGGGGCCAACGUGGCGCUCAAGACGUCGACCGACCGCACGGCAUGGCGCGACGCCGGGGCCGCGUUCCCCAACGGCGCGUCCUGGACGACGCCGUACACCAACGGCGACACCAACCUCUGGGCCCCGGACAUCUCCUUCCACAACAACCAGUACUACCUGUACUACUCGGCGUCGAGCUUCGGCUCCCAGAAGUCGGCCAUCUUCCUGGCCACGAGCCCCACCGCCGCCUCGGGGUCGUGGACCAACCAGGGCCUGGUCAUCGAGUCGUCCAGCUCCGUCGACUACAACGCCAUCGACCCCAACCUCGUCCUCGACGCCUCGGGCAACUGGUGGCUCUCCUUCGGCUCCUUCUGGUCGGGCAUCAAGAUGAUCUCCAUCAACCCCAGCACGGGCAAGCGCUCGGGAUCGAGCCUCGUCUCCCUCUCCCGCCGCACCACCAACGACGGCGCGGUCGAGGCACCCUACAUCACCCGCCGCGGUAACUACUACUACCUGUGGGUGUCAUUUGACCGAUGCUGUGCAGGCGCCUCGAGCACGUACCGCACCAUGGUUGGCCGAUCUACCAGCAUCAGCGGCCCGUACGUGGACAAGAACGGCGUGAGCAUGGCGAAUGGAGGCGGCACCGAGGUGAUGGCCAGCCACGGCUCGAUUCACGGACCCGGCCACCCAUCUGUCUUUACAGACGUGGAUGCGGACGUGUUUGUGUACCAUUAUUACAACAAUGCUGGCACUGCGCUCCUGGGCAUCAACCUCAUCCGCUGGGAAUCGGACUGGCCUGUCAUCUACUGA